AUGGAGCCUCUCUCUGCUUCUGAUUUUCCUCCGCUUUCGGUGUAUGCAGGAGGAUCUUCCUCCUCUACACCUUCUCGCGUAUGGAAGAAUAUUGUGAUAGACUCUGUUCCCAUAUCUAAGGAUCUACCCCUCUCUUUUCUUCCUCACAAACCAGAUAUCAUCCCUUUUGCUGGGGAUCGCCUGGUUAAAGGGGCGGAAAACUGGAAUCUUUGUUUGGUCGGAUACUCCAUCGGCCGUCGUCCUUAUUAUGAAGCUCUUCUUGGAGCGAUUCGUAAAACCUGGACCCUUAAAGGAUCGAUGCAACUUCUCUCUCUAUCGGAUGGGUUCUUCCUCCUUCGUUUCACCAUAGAGGAAGAUUAUGAGAUGGCAUGGUCUAAAGGCAUGUGGUUCUUUCUGGGGAGGCCCUUUCUGCUUCAAAAAUGGUCGCCUAAGUUCCGACCCAAGCGUGAAAACUUCACUUCAAUCCCCAUCUGGGUGAAAAUUCACGAUCUUCCCCUGGUCUGUUGGAAUUCCGAAGGUAUUUCACGCAUCGCCAGCAAAAUCGGCAUUCUGUUAGCUGUCAACUCUCUUACUGCACAAAAAACCCGUCUUAUCUUUGCUCGCGUCUGCAUCCAAGUAGACGCCUCUGCUACUUACCCUGAGGAGAUUCCGAUCUCUAUAGAGGACGAUGUCUUCAGUCUGAAAAUUCAAUAUGAGUGGAAGCCUACUCUUUGCGAGCACUGCAAAUCGAUGGUGCAUGCCUCCUCUUUUUGUCCGUCAAAACCUGAGGCUGCAACCACAAAUGUCAUGCAUCCUCCUCAGACCUCGCUUCGUGGCCGAAGCAAGAGCAGAAAGCCACAAGGUAGGAAACCAACGCCUUCUUCCAACACACCUUCCUCUACUAUUCCCCCCUCCAUUGCUCUCGUCUGUCCCAAUCCCCAAGUUCUUACAGACUCGAUCACGGUGGAAACCACUAUGGUUCAGAGUUCUCUGUUAGGCCCGGAUAAACAGAUUAUCGCUCAACAGAAUCACAGCCUUCCACCUCUUCCUCCUCAGCCAACUUCUUCCACCAUUCCCACCCAAAUUCCCCCCACUGCCUUACUACCCACUCCGGUUGUUUCUAAUAUUCCUAAUCUCAAUUCUCCUCAUGAAGCCUCAUCUUCCUCCACCUCCUCCUCUUUACCGCUCUUUAAGCCUCUCCUUCCAAAAAUACAAUCUCCCAAUAAGUUUGAUGCUCUCCACCUGUUGGUUGAAGAUCCAGACAACUCAGCGGAUGAUUCUUCCUUAGAGAUUGACUCCUCUGCUCGAGUCAAAGAAAAGGAGAAAUCGCAAACUUACUCGAGUAAGCAAAGUAAAAAUGCAAAGGGGAAGCAAAGCAAAAAGACCCCGACGGCCAACCGUUAA